AUUACACACAAGUUCUUUGUGCCAAUAGCGGCAUUUUGGCAAUUCUACACUAAACUUUUACUAUUACUAAAACGAUUGAAUAAUAACUUGAAAGUUGAAAAAUUGUCACUGUACGCACAUUAGUUACUGCCUACAAGCUCAAGAAUUACCGAUUCAAGUUAUCCGGAAAAUAUGAACAUCACGCGCAUUCUUGGACAAAAUAAUAAAAUUUAUCAAAAGUUUGGUGAUUAUUGUAUUACAGAAGCAGAACCAAAUCAGUGCUGUAUCAUUUGCUGUUUCUGCCAGCAAGAACAUCACAAUGAAAACGCUCUCUGGACGCACAUACAAGAGAUGCAUGACUAUGCACCAGCACAACUUUGUGUGAUGCGUGAAAAGUCGCAAACAACCAAUUUCAAUAGUGAGCAUAGUGAGAGUAUUUGCACUACGCCAAUUUGUCUGGAUGGUACGGUUGAUGCAAAAAAAUGUAAAACAAAUUCGGCUCAAGUGGUUACUAAUGGGGCGCCAAUGUAUGUCGAAGCUGAGUAUCUAGAAAAUGUUUCGUUAAAUGAUCCAAAUGCGCUUAUGGAGCUAACAGACAUAACAAAUACAUUUUUAGACUUCAAGGAUAAGCCAACCGAAACGCAACCCGUUGUAGGAAGUAGUGUACAACAUAAAGGGAACAGGCAUGAAAUUGACAUCAACCAGUCGGAGAAAGAGCUUCAGUCCCAAAACGCAAAUGGUAAGCUCGAAACCAACAUAGAUGUCGAUAAGCUUACACCCAAGCAAUUGCUAGAGAAUGGCACACUAUUGAAAAGCGUAUUUCAACAAAUGCAACGCGCUAACAAUGAAUUCAAAUACAAGCUCAAUAAGCUAACGCAAGCAGUGCAACUAAUUGAGGCUGAAUUGAAAAAAGAACCUGGUAAUCGUAUGCUAAAGCGAUAUAUGAAAAUAAUACCAGAUCAGCCUUUUAACAGCCGCGACGAAGUGCUCAUUUUGGAUGAUGAGCUACACCAUAGCAAAGAGAUGCGGGACGCACUUCACGAAGAAACACUUGCUAUAGCUACCGAGAAUGCUGAUGUAUUUUGUCGUGUACUUUGGCGUUUCAUUAUGACAGAUGAAGUAUCCAAUCAGUUCUGUUGGCGCGGUGUCGUAACCGCCGACAAAAUUAUUAAAUAUCCAAUUAAGGAUAUGACUAUGCUAGACGUCUUUCAAGGAGUGUUUCGCGAAAAGUUCCCUGAACAAACGCUCAACAUCUUCAAAGACCGUACUAUGACAUACUUCAAUAAAGCACAUGAGCGUUUGAAGCGAAAACAGUUAAAUAAAACGGACGUCGAAAAUAAUGGCUGUGAUUUUCUCUGCAUAAAGGAAACGUCAAAUGGGCAAAAUGGCGAUUAUAAACGGGCGCGUAACGAUCAAGAAAAUACCGAUAGUGUCGAUUCAGUAUUUGAAGAAGUUUUUAGUGGGUGAAACUUAAUAUUUCAUGUUGAAAUAUGCAGUAAGCUCCAUAUAUUUUAGUGUUAAGAAUAUUAUUCCAGGCAAAAAAACUAAAUCCGUCGCAAUAAAUCAUUCCGAAUCAUUAUGUUAAACAGCAAGAUGAGUGAAAGACUUGAAGGUAUUUUUUUUUUAAUUAUGUCUUUAAACAAAAUUUAAAAUUUACACAACACAUAUGUAAAGUAGUUCGAUCGCCGAUAUUGAGCGUAGAAAAUAGUAUGUUAUGGCAGUAUAUAAUACUAUUACGGUAUAUAAUAAUAUUAACUACAUUCCGGGUAAAGGCAAUUUAAUCUUUCUCCAAUAAUAAUUAAAGUUAUUUAUAAGACGAAACUAUACAUACAUAUACAUAUAUUUUUAGAAAAGAGAAAUUGCGAAAUAAACAGUUUUAUUGAUGAGUGAUUAAAAAACUGUAUUUGAAAAUUCAACUGUGGUCGUAACAAAACUGUAUCAGGCCAAAUAAAAAUAAGUAUGAUCA